ACUUUAGGGUAAAUGCUAUAAUUAAGGUAAUUGUCAAAUGUGGGAGCUGCAACAACUCGGAGAAAAAAUUGGGGAAGGAAAACACACAGAAAAAUGUCAGUCAGAUCCUUUUGGCGCGCCAAAACUAAGGUACUUUUGGCGGCUACUGCGUUAGGAGGAGCUGGCGCCGGCGCGGCGGCAAUUGCGAACUCCGAGGAUCCGGCUUCCGCUCUCAAGCUUUCUACGGCCGUUCCCCUCCGCCUCCUCCGUGAUGCGGCCACUGCUGCCACUAUUGCCUUCGAUUAUGAGUACUCACUCUUGGGGCUCCCCGAGGGGAGCGUGGAAAGGGAAAGAGUUAAACGUGAAGUUCAUACAAGGAGUGCACAAAGGCUUCAAGAUCUGUGCUUUAAAAAUGGUGGGAUAUACAUUAAACUAGGUCAGCAUAUUAGUCAGCUGGAAUAUUUGGUGCCAGAAGAGUAUGUUCGGAUAAUGAGACAAUCAAUGUUGAAUAGAUGCCCGGUUUCAUCAUAUGACCAAGUGCUUGAAGUUUUCAAGAAAGAGCUUGGAGGGGCACCUGAACAAAUCUUUGAUAAAUUUGAUCCUGUCCCCAUAGCAAGUGCUUCUUUGGCACAGGUCCACAUUGCCCAAACUCACGACGGACAAACCGUUGCUGUGAAGGUUCAGCAUACUCACAUGACAGACACUGCAGCAGCAGACUAUGCAACUGUGGAAUUAAUCGUUAACACUUUGCACCGGCUCUUUCCUUCAUUUGAUUACAGGUGGUUGAUUGAUGAAGUGAAGGAAAGUUUACCCAAGGAGUUAGACUUCAUGAUCGAGGCCAAGAACAGCGUAAAGUGCUUGGAUAACUUUAGGAAGUUCUCUCCACAUAUUGCAGAAUAUGUUUAUGCUCCUCAAAUACAUUGGAACUUGAGUACCUCAAAGUUGUUGGUGAUGGAAUAUAUUGACGGAGCACAAGUAAAUGAUUGUAGAGCUAUUAAGAAGAUGGGUGUUCAACCAAGUGAUGUUUCGAAAUUGUUAAGUCAAGCUUUUGCUGAAAUGAUGUUUAAGCAUGGUUUUGUGCAUUGUGACCCGCAUGCUGCGAAUGUGCUAAUUCGUCCUAUGCCUUCUGGCAGUAGAAGCAUUCUUGGAAAGAAAAAACCGCAGUUGGUACUUUUGGACCAUGGUUUAUACAAGGAACUGGACGUCUCCACUCGAAUUAACUAUGCUUCGCUGUGGAAGGGUUUGGUAUUUUCCGAUGCCAAAGCAAUUAAAGAAAAUAGUGUGAAAUUAGGUGCCGGAGAGGAUCUUUAUGUGCUGUUUGCCGGUAUUCUUACAAUGAGGCCAUGGAAUAAAGUUAUUGAUCCAGCUGUGGAUCAUCUUGUUGUACAUGGCACUGCUACUGAUCGUUCGGAACUCCAGAUGUAUGCUUCACAAUAUUUUCCGCAAAUCACAGAGCUUCUGAGGAGACUUCCUCGUGUGAUUCUCUUAAUGCUCAAAACAAAUGAUUGCUUACGCGCAGUUAAUAGAGAACUGAUGGAAGGAUCUUCUCUCGAAACAUUCUUGAUUGUUGGAAGAGUUUCUUCCGAAGCAGUUAUCGAGUCAAGAUUGUUGCGCAGCAGAUCUGUUCUAUCCAGAUUUCGGGUCUGGUUUGAGGAGUGCAUGUUAGAUGCUCGGUUAUUCGGAAUGCAGUUUGCCCUCUGGCUUUUGAAAAUUCAAAAAGCUUUGACAUUCUGAGAGGAAGAGUAAUCUAUCGGAAUCAUUGAAACAAAACUCAAUUAUUAUACGGGUGCAGAUUUUACGUUCUUUAUUUAUAAUGAGGCUAAUCUAUUCAUUUAAAAAGAUUUAAUCAGCUUAGGGACUUGCCAAUUUAUUUACUUUUUUCUUUCUACUUUUACUAUGAAAUUGUAAAAUACCAAAUGCAGUGUUUUGUCAACAUAAAGCUUCAUCUUUUAACCAGAUUAAGCAAUGCUGUAAAGGUACAUAAUAAGAUGCUAUUGUGAUUUGUAUAACGAAUCCGCGGUGGGAUAAAAAGCCUCGUUGGCGUUCUGACUAUUCUUAAUUCAUGUUAUCUGAGUUUU